AUGGCAUUGGAGACUUGUGCAUUGGGUACAGACGUCCACUGUGUAGCGACAAUUGGCUGGCUGCCAUUCGACUUCACAUUCAUGGCCAGGAAGACAAUUGGGGAACUCAGACCAAGAAUGACAAGGUUUCGCCGGUCACCCACAAGUACGCAAACUCAAUUCUUCAUCAGUGUGCGGAAACUAUGCGGUGCCGUGUCCACCUCACCUCACCCCCGCCACGGCACGCAACAACCAGCCGCUAGCAAGUGGCCGCCGCUCGGUUACCCGCUGCGACGACGGGGCGACAGGGGUGCGGCGUUUAUCGGGGGCCAUGGGCUGGUUGCUGUUCAGUCUGGGCCACCCCUCGCUCUGAAUUUUACUUUUUCUCUUGUGCAAGAAGAAAGGCGUGGCAGUUUAUCUGGACCCUGGAGUGUGGUUGCACGUACCGACAAGACAGACGGACUGGGUAGAGUAAGGACGAGAAAGGGUCAAAUGAGUACUACGAAUACCACGACGACGACGACGACGGCGACGGCGACGGGUGUGCCAUCUGCCCCACACGGUCUGACCUCUUUCGCUGUUUACAAAGAUCCGGAGCACCACGGACCAUCUCUCUCGCCCUCGCCCAUGUACGAGGGCGACAUGUCGUUCAACUCGGAAGCCGCCGACGACGACGCCCUCCCGAGCACAGAGUUCGAGGCUGGACUGGCAGACGAACCGGAGCCGUACAGGAGCUCGUAUACGUCUCGGAAUUCCAUUUCGGACCCGCGUCGCUCGUCGGGGGCAACGCACUAUAGCUUGAUCUCUGCGCUUCCCUCCGAGUCUUCCAUGUCUUCUCAUACAAACGCACACUCGAGCCAGGCCAACGAAGCUCGCUAUACACCGCGCAAGGACAGGCCGCGCUUUCGCAAUCCAGAGUCGGUGAGGGCGCUGCAGAUGUCGUCGCCUCCGCCCCUACCGGCGGCUGAAGCGUCUCGCGAACGCAUGAAGACGUACAAGCCGGCCACUCCGAGCAGGACCGCGCGAUCAGAGACGCCUGGGUCACGGCGGUCGGGAUCACGGAGACAAAGUAUAAGGGAGCAGCACAGUCCCCGGCCUCUGGUUAGCGCACCGCAGGCGCCGCUGGUGUUGUUGCAUGUCACGAUUCUGCCGAUGCAGAUGCCAUACCCGCACGAUGUAAUGGCCAAAGUUAUGCCCGAGUGGCUGGUGGAUAACUACAAGAUCUUGGAGGAGAAGCUGCAGGAUAUCAUCCUCAUGCGACGAGGGCUUUUGAUCCCGCAUCCAGGAGACGAAUACGAUCUGCUGGAGGAGCGCAUACUGGAGAGCUUGGAGCUCAAGACCCCUCGCAUCCUCAAGUGUGGCCACUUUGUACCACCAGACGAUGAUUCCGACAAGGAGGACGACGAUGAUGCCGCGAGUCUGGCAGACGACACGACGGGCCGGGGUAGUCGGAUGAGCGGGGGUACCCUGACAUCAGAAAGGAACAUGCACAGCAUGGACGAUGGUACCUGCACAGACUGCCACCGCGAGCUGAAGAAGCCCGGCAAGGGCGUCGGUGCUGGCUCACGCAAGUUCGACAUCAAGGUCUACGCUGCAAACGGUCUCAUGCGUGCUGCAGCUUGGGGCGCGUGCUGGGGAGACAUGGAGCGAUGCGACGUUGAGAUAUCGCCCUGGAUGCCCGACGAAGUCCGCAAGGGUCUCGAGAAGAGGGUCCUGGAAGAGCAGGAAGCCAGCAAGCGAAAACAACUCUACGCCGUUGAGCUGCAGCGUCAGAUUCAGGAAGCUGCUGCCAAGCAAAAGGCUAUUGAAGACGAGUCCUACAGCAAGAGGAAGCAGGAAGAGGAGGAGCUGCAGAAAAGCUUCGAGGCUGCCGCCGCAGCGUUGCAGAGGAGCAUCGAGGAGAAGGCGGCGGAGAAGAAGAAGUUUGAAGAAGUGCUCGAGACGAAGAUUGAAGAGGCCAAGGAGUCUGUUCGUCUGGAACUCGAGACCAAGGCUUCAGCCGAGCACGACGCCGUUGCCGAACGCCUGCGUGCAUUGGAAGCCAUCCUCCAGGAAAAGAAGAAGGCUGAGUCGGAGUCAAACCAGAAGGCUGGCAAAUUGUCGGCCUCUGGUCGACCUCGUGCCUCUGACAUUCCUCUCCGCACACUGAUGAAGAAUUACGUUCGCGUACUUUUGGGUGACCGGCGAAACCUCGUCAUUCUUGGUCUGAGUGCCGCAGUCGUCUUCCUGGCGAUGAAUGUGAAGUCGAAUGGCAGCCAGCCAAUUGUCGCUCCACAGUUGACGUCUGUACCCAAUGCACAAGUCUCCAAUGCGAUUGUGACCACCACGGCGAUUUCCUUUGCCACUCUCACAGUCACUGAGAUUCAGUUUUCGAGUUUCAUGCAGGCUACGUCGCUGCCGACACCGGAGGUUGUGACGCCGGCGUUGGAGGUUGAAGAGUUCUUCACCCGUGUUGAGGAUCUUGUCCUGUCCGGUGCUGCUCCCACCACCGAGGGGAUUGCCAUGGCACAUGAAGUCUCUGGGGAAGAGGCUGCGUCUGAGGAGCAAAUGGACGACUCGAAUGACGACACUCUUGUUGAAGAUCUCGUUGAGCCAAUUCCCGCGGAAGCCAGCCUUGAGUCAAAAGACUCGGUCAAGACAUCUACUCCCGUGCCCGAGUCGUGCUCCGUCGAGCCCUUCUUGCAAGCACCCGCUGCCUUGUGCGCAGUCGACGAACGGUAA